AUGGGCAUUAUUUUACGGCGGCGAGAUUGUUACCGGGAUGGCUGGACUGGCAGUGUACACUGCGACGAUGGGAAUACCUGGUAUGACUGGGGUCGUUGGGUUGCUUUUGCUGUUAUUGUUGCUGCAGCUUUGAUCAUUUUCUUUCUUCUGGCAUGCGUUAACGCCCGUCGCCGUCGCCGGCGUGGACUCCCGCCGCAUGUUGGCACCAGCUGGAUGGCUCCGCCGCCUGGUCCUCCUCCUCCCAAUCAGCCUUAUUACGGGGAUGUGUAUUAUCCGCCGCAGCCGCCUCCGCAGUAUUCGCCGCCGAAUCCGCAAUCAUACGGGUACUUUGGUGGGCAACCGAAUGGGAUCGAACUGCAGCCACCGCCGAAUGCAUACCACCAGGCUGGGCCUGGACAGCCGGCAUAUUCGCCUCCACCAGGUCCUCCACAGGCUGGAAAGACGUAA